CUGAAACACGGGGGGAGUUUGCUUUGUUUCCAUCACAUGGGCACUUGAUCUGACCUUGAAUGAACCUUGACAGCGGCGGUGAAUGAGAGAGAAAAGAUUCUGACGUGCUGGAGAAGGGAAGCAGACCGUCAGUCGAUAGACAUUUGCGCUUGCCUCUUCGUUAUCCUGCCUUCCCUGAGCAACAAUCCCAAGGGAGUUGGGGGAGCAGACGGUUUUCUAGCACUUCCCAGGAAAUGGGAUACAAGAGCCGAUGAACUUUUUGCCUCUUCAAAUUUGACACACCGUCUUCUCCAAAGUACCCGUACUUACUGAGCUUCUGCAGAAGAAUUUAUGAAGUCCAUAUUUGUUCUAACGCCAUGGGUACACACCUGAAAUUUGCCUGCUAUCUUUCAGAAGGAGGACUAUUUUGCCAUUGUCUCAGCAGAAAUUAUUGUCCAGGAAGGCACGAUUUUCCUCAAGUUACUACAAUUCUAAACAGGUGGUAAUUUGUGUUAUACACUGGUCGGCUGAAAGCUACAGCAAUUUUGAACUGAAACAAGUGGAGGCAGCAAAUCGAUCACUGCAGAAGUGGGCAAAGUGGAGAAGACUGAAGGAAAUCCAGAAAAGGUAAGAUGUUUCUCCCCUCCACCCAAAAGAACAGCAUGGCAGAGGUGAGAUAAUUUAUAAUUGUAAUUAUGACGCCCACUCAACUGAUGCAGGCCUAAAUUCAUAGGGCUGUCGCCAAUGUUAGUCCUCCUCAGACUAAUGUGUGUCCAUUAAUUUUGGUGCAUGGCUAAAUUCCUGGAUGGAAUUCUCCAAACUUACAAAAAUUCUAGGUAGGAAGGACUCAUACAGGCUCAAUGGCUGACAGGGUUUCCCUUAGAUCUAUUUAUUCCUCAGUGUGAAGUUGCCAUUCUGCCACGCAGUUGGGGAACAACUGACCUAGUAGGAAAGGAAGAGGUCUGGUAUUUUCAAUUUGCUUAAUAGCAUGCAUCCAGAACAUGAUGAAUCACUAUCCACAAAGCCCUCAAGACUUUUCCCCAAAACAGCUGUUUCAGAAUGAAACGAAGGGAUUAGCAUCCACUCUUGAAAUAUUACCCUUUCGCUGUCCGUUCGUCCUUCACUGGUCUUUGCAGCCCAUUAAUCCAUGGAAACGGUAAAAUCGGCUAUGAUUAAAUGGGCACAGGACAUUGGACAUAACAUUAUGUUUGCUGACUGGGAACGGUUGUGGACCACAGGUAUGAAAUUUACGGCAUGUAAUGCCUUAAGAGAGAAUAUUAUGAAAAUGAUAUACAGGUGGUACAUAACCCCAGUCAAGCUUGCAAAAAUCUAUCACUUGCCUGAUAAUAAAUGUUGGAAAUGUAAAGAAAUUGAAGGUACAUUUUUUCACCUUUGGUGGACGUGCCCAAAGAUUAAGGCUUUCUGGGAAAUGAUAUAUAAUGAAUUAAAAAAGGUAUUCAAAUAUACCUUCCCCAAGAAACCAGAGGCCUUUCUCUUGGGCAUGGUCGGCCAAAUGGUGAUAAAAAAGGAUAGAACUUUCUUUAUGUAUGCAACAACAGCAGCAAGAAUACUCAUUGCAAAGUAUUGGAAGACACAAGAACUUCCCACGCUGGAGGAAUGGCAGAUGAAACUGAUGGACUAUAUGGAACUGGCGGAAAUGACUGGUAGAAUCCGUGACCAGGGAGAAGAGUUGGUGGAGGAAGAUUGGAAGAAAUUUAAAGAUUAUUUACAGAAACACUGCAAAAUUAAAGAAUGCUAGAGUGAUGUUGGAUUGAAAAUAAGUGGUUUCCAGCUGUACAGGAUUUAAAAUUAUAGAUAGACUAAGAUUAAAGAUUAGGAUUAAAGAAGUUUAAGGAAAUGGAAAUUUGGUAUUUAAGAGGUUAAAUUUUAAUGCUAUAUUAUAUUAAGAUUAAAGAUUGGGAUUAAAAAAGUGGGAAAGAAAUUGCUGGACAAACAAUUUGAACUGGAAUACAAAAGAGGGAGGUAUGAGGAGGUCCAGAAAAUAAGUAAAUUUAAAAACGGAAAUGAAAAGGUGAUAUUGUUUUUAAAUGUUCUGUUUCUUUUUUUUUGUUUUUUUUGUUUUUUGUUUUCUGUGCUUGUUUCUUUUUUGGAUUAUGUAUUGUGUAUUUGUGUAUCUCUUUUUUAUGUUUUUCUGUUUAACUUUUUACUGAAACUUUAAUAAAAAUCAUUUUUUAAAAAAUCCAUAUUAAUUGUAAAGCUUAAGACAAAGCAGAUCAUGGUUGUGUUUUCCUUACAUGGGUGGUGGCGGGGUGGGGGGAAUGAACACGUAUGUACUGUAAUGUGUGAAAACUGCACACAAGUGUCAAUAUUGCCUUUAUUUAUACAUGGAAGCCACAGCACAUCCUGGCUCCCCAAAUGUGUACUUGCAACUGGACAGAAGCAAACUUUUCACACAUUGUUUGCACACUUUUGUUCUCUGUCCCUGUGGAGGAGAAAAUCUUGAGAUUCAACCAGGCAUGCUGGUAUCAAUUCCACUGUAUUUCUGGGUUCUGCCAGCAGAGGUCACUGUAAAGCCAAUGAAGCCGUUGCAGCCAAAAGAUGAACUUUGCAAAGUACGGUAUACCAAAACCACAAACACCUUUCAGUAUAUUUUCUUCAGAAAUUAAAAUAUGAUUUCUGGUUCCCCAACCUUUUAAAGUUUUCGGCGAUCAAAAAUGGGAAAGCUGGGAGGACUUUGGAUUCUGUUUGGUGUGGGAUAGCAAUGUGCAUAAAUAGUUUUUUCUUUUAAAUUACUCUUUGAUUACUAGAGUGGAAAUAUGUCUCAAUUGCUACCUCAUUUCCUCUAGCCAGAAGCAAGCAAUAGAAAGUCACUGAUUUUAGCCUUUACACACACUUGUGAUCCUUAUAAAUGUGUACGUAACUUGCUAUAAAUACACACAGUCCCUACUGGUCUUAGAGAAUACAAUAUUUUAAUAGUUCAGUGUCAAUAGACAGUGGUGUGCUGCAAGAAAACACAUAAUGUGUUGUGAGAAAAAAUGAAAUUGUUAAAAGCACCUCUUAGCCCAAAGCACCCUAGCAGCACAGGAUGCUGCCUGCCAUAUCUCUGCAUGAGCCGCUGCUCUGGGAUUGCUUCUUUUGAACCUGGGUGGAUCCCCAAAUCAAUGACUCUGGCACAAACACUAAGGAUGGGCUCCUCUGAGGGCAUGCAAGUGUUAAAACCACACACCCUAAAAGCAGAGAGGUUUAUGAGUGGGCCUCCCAUUCGGAAAUAAAACUCACCUUGACUAUCAAUUGCUCCAGGGGGUAGGACCCAGACCAAUGGAUUCAACUUACAAGAAAGGAGAUCCCAGGUAAACAUUAGGAAGGAUUUUCUGGUGGUAAAAGCUGUUCAGCCAUGGAACAGACUGCUUCAGAAGGCAGUAGACUCCCCUCCACUGUAAAUUUUCAAGCAGAGGUGUGUGGCCAUCUGUCAGGGUUUCUUUAGCUGUGAUUACUGCAUUGCAGGGGGUUAGACUAACUUCAUUCAGAUGUUUGGGAGAUUCUGUAAUAACCUUGACAGGCCAAUGUUGAAUUCGCAAAAGGGAUGUGUAGGCUUUGAGCUCACACAGAGCUCUUCGCCUUUCUGCUUCCACAGGACUCUUUGCCUGUGCAAUUCAAAAGGGCUCCUUCUUGUUCUGUGGCCAGUCACCCCUCUAGCCCCUCCAGUAACCUUCUCCUCUCUCGCCGCUACCCUUCCAGAUGUCUGGUGGGAUUUUCUCCCCCUUGGAGAACCUCUGCGACCUGGACAACGCCAACUGCCACCCGCUGGUGUGCUUCCUCUGCCACGAGCAGUACGAACACCCCUGCCUCCUCGACUGCUACCACAACUUCUGCGCCAGCUGCCUGCGGGGCCGCGCCAUUGAGAGCCGCCUGACGUGCCCUCUUUGUGGGUAAGGAACGACCAUCUUGCUCCCCUACAGUCCAGAGAUAUUUGAGCGAUGGUAUAAGCAGCCCUUUUUACUGAUGAGUACUUUAUUGUACUUCUGCACUAGCCUGGUGCCAGUUUGGAGCCCUUUGUGUGCUGCAAGAAAUGCUUGUACAGUAAUUUGAGAAAUGCAUUAAAUAAGUAAAGGUUGGUGUGCUGUGAGCCCAAAGGUUCUAUCCACAGAGGAGGCUGCCCACUGCAUCUCUGCAUGAUUCAUUGCUCUGACCUUGCCUCCUUCCAACCAGUUUCCAUCCGGAUACUACAGAUAUCCAUCCAAGCAGCAGGAUAUGGGCAUCUUUGGGAGAGACAUGCAAGAUGGGCACAGCCUGCAGGAUUUGUAGGGCCCCUGGGAAGACCCCUCUAGAGCACCCCCUCCAUUUGUGUGUCUGCCUCCUCCUCACCCCUAUCAUCACCAGCUGCUCUCCUCCUCCUUGCUUGCUUGCCAAGAAGAGACCCAGUGAGCAAGCUGGCCGUUGCAUCUACUGCUCUGCGUUGUCUGUAUUUUAGAAACCUGCUGCUAAUUCUCUCGUUUUAUGCUGCUGUGAAAAUCUGUUUUAUUACACAUUUCUUAUUAUUGCAAUUGCAUUUCUACAAUUGCCUUGAUGUUUAUGUUGCAUAGUACAGUAUUAUGUUAUGUAGUGACAUUGGUACUGUCGUGCUGAAUGCUCACUGGGACUGGUAGGGCAGAAAGCAAGGAGUCCAACAGUAGGUGGCGCAAUAACCAAAGACAGGAAGAAGUUGAGCCCAGUGACAGGUAGAGCUAGCUCAUUGUAUGUACCAGGGGUAAGCAACCUAAGGGCCAUGGGCCAGAUGCGGCCCAAUCGCAGAUGGUCUGGGAGUCAGCGUGUUUUUACAUGAGUAGAAUGUGCCCUUUUAUUUAAAAUGCAUCUCUGGGUUAUUUGUGGGGCAUAGGAAUUCAUUCAUUCCCCCCCCCCCCAAUAUAGUCUGGCCCCCCACAGGGUCUGAGGGACGGUGGACCGGCCCAUGGCUGAAAAAGGUUGCUGACCCCGGUAUGUACCUUUUGUCCCUAUCCUCUUCUCUGUUGAGUUCUACAAGGGCAAAACCGAGACAUGUACAAAUUUGCAGUACUGUGUUAGAACUUUAGGGUUUUGUAACCCUGGGGCAACAAAUCACCCUUUAAAAAAGCAUCAAACUUCAUUGUGGUUUGGAAAGCAGCAGGAGAUGCACUGAAAAGUGUGGGAUGAACAAAUGAUCAAGGAGGGGGGGGAAUGUAUGAAUACGCCACAAGCAAAUGCACGCCGGACAAAUGUUCCCUGUGUCAUCUCCCGGCAAAUAAAUCAGAACGGGCGUUCAGUAAACAUCAACCAACCUCCGUGCCAACUUUGCACAAGCAAACCAGAACACUGGCUGAAUAAACAUAUCUUGUGGAGGGGCCCUAGUAAAUCUCUUGCUAGUGUGAGCCAGGAAUAGAGUUUGGGAAUUAGCGGAAGAGGAAUGAGGCAUUGACUUCCUAAAAAGGGAAGCCGUGACCAGGCUAAUGCCUGGCCUUUGUCUUCAGUUGUAAGACACCCAUAUCAGGUUUGACUGUAGCUGCCAAAGGAAUCCGAGGCUUUGUGAUUAACUGCCAGGGACAGAAACUGGGAAAUAGGAGGGGGUUAUUAGAGUCCUCUUCAACUUUAGGAAGAGCCCCAUUUUCCCGCUUUGGGGGUGAGCAGUGUCAGUUUGUCUGUUUCCCCCCUGCCUCCCCCCCCCACUGGAAACCAGGGUGCAAAUCCACACUUCUCUAGCCUCUGCACCUCUGAAACAUGAAGCCUCCCAUCACACAAUGAGCUUCAGGUGUGAACAGCUGCUGAGCUGAAUGUCUCCCCUUUUAGCUCCAGUGGAAUGCAGUUCGGCAGCAGGAAGGGGGGAAAGAGAGAGAGAGAGAGAGAGAGAGAGAGAGAGAGAGAGAAAGCGCGCCUUGGCCAAAUCAGGCAAAGGCGUGCAGCAGGUGGGGGAGACAAAUGCAACCCACCCAUUAUCUUUUUGUAAAACACUCCAAGGGGUUUUUAAACAAUCAAACCAUGUCUACAUGUUAUGAAAUAAAUAAAAAUAAAAUCUAAAUAAAAUAAAAAUAGUUAAAGCUUGUUCAUUUACACACCUGGUUUUCCUGUCCAUAAGGAAAUCGAUCUUAUACCUGUUUGCUGAGAAGCAAGUUUCAUUGUGUUCCAUGGGGAUUAUUUCCACCCAUUUAGCUCUGAGGGCUCAUCCAAAGGUCCCUUCUUCUUGUGCAUUUGUGACGAGUUACUCUCAGAAUGCUUUUGGAACAGUCCUAUGUGAUCAAUACGUGCAUAUAUUUUUGGGACAGUCACGCUGCUUCAUUUCCAAUCAGUGCAUGACCCAUAACUUCCUGCUAAAGUCCUAUAAUGUUAAAUACAACAAAUAUUCUGGGGGUUUUGCUUCUUUGCCUCCCUCUGGGUGGCAGUAAUGCGGUAGCGCUGGGAAGCACCGCAGAGCAGAAUAAAUCCACCACGAAUGCAGCAUUAUUCUGUCAUUUUUAGCUGUGAUUCCUGCGUUGCGGUGGGUUGGAAUAGAUGACCCUUGGAAUCCCUUCCAACAUUACAGUUCUGUGAUUCUGUGUUGCAGAAAGUGCCCAGGACAAUAAAGCACCACAUCUCAACAUCCUUGCAUGAGUCUUCCUGUAUUAUUUUGACAUCGUCCUUCCCAGGGCUUCAGCUUUCUCCCUGUGUCUUCCUUCUGCAGCCACCAGUCCAUUGUCAGGGGGAAUGGCCUCCCUCCAGAAGACCGACUCCUGAAGUUCCUGGUGGACAGCUCUGGGGAUUGUGAGGAGGAAGUCCAGUGUGCAAAUUGUGACCUGCAGAGUACAAAGCAGGUAAGCAGAGAGGGCAGCAAAGAAAGCCUUUGAAGGUCAAGACCAGUGUGUGGGAUUCAGCCAGAACUAGGAAUGAAGAGUUUGGAUUUGAUAUCCCGCUUUAUCACUACCCGAAGGAGUCUCAAAGCGGCUAACAUUCUCCUUUUCCUUCCUCCCCCACAACAAACACUCUGUGAGGUGAGUGAGGCUGAGAGACUUCAGAGAAGUGUGACUAGCCCAAGGUCACCCAGCAGCUGCAUGUGGAGGAGCGGAGACUCAAACCUGGUUCCCCAGAUUACGAGUCUACCACUCUUAACCACUACAAAUCUGCCCGUUUCAUUUUCUUUCCAUUUCUAGUUUUGUCCAGUCUUUGUUUAGUCCUCCACAUUUCCACACCAGUGUGCAAUUUUUUUUAAAAAAGGGGGGGAAAAUAUCCUGAAAAUUCAUCAGCUUUUUAGUGUGCAUUUCUUCUGAUGCUACACCUGCCUGUAAGCAAUUCUGCAUACUAUACACGUUUUUUGCAAGGCCAUUCUCCCAAAUAUAAUGCAUUUUUGUAUGUUAAUCUCACUUAAUAUAUGCAUUUUUAACAUACCCUUCAACAGUCCUACUAAGCAGGACAUCCCGGAAUUACAGAAGCCAUCCUGGCUUCUGAUUGGAUCCUGAUUGGAUCCCCAUUUUGGCUUCCAUGAGAGCGUCGCCCCAAAAGACACACAUCCAGAUUUUCCUCUGUGGCAUCUUGGAGGGUAUGUUUUAAUGCACACUUUCCCCUAGUCCACGUAUUUCUGUACUUGCUUCUUGGCUGGAGAACUGCGUUGUGAAAUUCAAAGAAGUGGGAAUUUGAAAGGAGAGCUGUGUUUUUGUCCAAAAGUACAAGUUAAGUAAAGGUAAAGGGACCCCUGACCAUUAGGUCCAGUGGCGGACAACUCUGGGGUUGCAGCGCUCAUCUCUCUUUAUUGGCUGAGGGAGCCGGUGUACAGCUUCCAGGUCAUGUGGCUAGCAUGACUAAGCCGCUUCUGGCAAACCAGAGCAGCUCACAGAAACACUGUUUACCUUUCCGCUGGAGCGGUACCUAUUUAUCUACUUGCACUUUGACGUGCUUUCAAACUGCUAGGUUGGCAGGAGCUGGGACCGAGCGACGGGAGCUCACCCCGUCGCAGGGAUUCGAACCGCCAACCUUCUGAUCGGCAAGUCCUAGGCUCAGCGGUUUAACCCACAGUGCCACCCGUGCAAGUUAGUUAGGCUCAAAUGGAAUUUCUCCAGCCUUUUCAGGAAAAGCAGUCAAAAACUAUCAAACUGCUGUUUUAAAAAUUGCCUCUGUGUUGCAAUCUAUGCUGCAAUGCACAUCCUGGGGCACCCACUGUUGCCACUGAAUAAAAUGUUCUGCCAGUGUGUGGUGGUGGACCAGGCAUGCCAACCAGAGCUUUGCCCUCUAACCUCCCACCUCCCCCAGGACUUGGACGCCAUGUAUUUUUGCAAUACCUGCCACCAGCCUCUCUGCUCCAAGUGCCGCGAGGAGACCCACAAAGCCAGAAUGUUCUCCCGCCACGAGAUCGUCUCCCUGACCAAGCGUAUCAAAGACAUCCACAAGAAAUGUUGUAAGUGUCUUUCCCAUAGCCUUCCUUAACUCACUGGAAACCAAAUUUUAGGAGAAACGAUCGAGGGAGUUGGGUUUGCUUAGCCAAGGGAAGACUGAGAGGGGAUAGGGUAGUUUUUUCUUCAAAUAUCUAAGGUCCAUUACAUGGAAGAUGGAGCAAGCUUGUUUUCUGCUGCUUCUUCAAAGGGGAAGGACCUGAACAAAUUUAUUCAGAUUACAGGGAAGGAGAUUCUGAAUGAACAUUAAGAACUUUUCGAUAGAGCUGUUUCUAUUUACAGGGCAUGUCAUAGAAUUAAAGAAUUGUCCAGCUGGAAGGGACCCUGAGAGUUAUUUAUUAGCUCAACUUCCAUUAAUUGUAACUGGUGGUCUUCCAUCCAAUUUGAAACCACACCAGAUCCUGCUUAGCUUCACAAGCAUGCCAGCAGUUUUAUUGCUACACCACUAGGAGGUGGUUCAAUAGGGCUGUUUGAUAGUAGAAUGUACUCCCUCAGAAGAUGGUGGAGGUUUUUUCUUUUUUGUCUAUUUCUUUUUUAUUAUUUCAAGCUUAAAAGUGACACCUGUGUCUCUUUCAGCACUUCACGAGGAACUCUACAUCAUGUUCUCAACAGAGAAAAAGUCCAUGCUCUGUAUCAACUGCUUUCGGGACAUGCCCGUGUGAGUUGCUGUUAUUUCAUAUCUACAUCACGAGCUAUCAAUGGGCAUGGCUUUUUGCAGGAAACAGGAAGAGAGGUCCCUGCUUAGCAUCUAGAGGGGUCAUCCACAUAUUUUGAACUGCAAUUCCCAUCAGCCUAAGCCAGGCUGCCAAAGUUUGGUCUAAAGACUGACAGCAGGGAGAGAACAGAGAAAGGACAAAGCAGUAAAUGACAAAAUAUGCUGUAAUGCAGAUUUAAAUUUCAGUGCAUCUGGGGAGAAGUUGAAGACUUCAUGGACCAGGGUGGGGGUGUUGAAGAAGUGAAAAGAGGGAAAUGGCACCACAUUCAGGAUCUAGGAGGGUAUUCCAGGCAUCAGAGGAUGCAAAACAGGUGCUACAAUAGCCUGAGAGAAUGGAAAACCCAGGAAAUAUCUUCUUAAGGCUGCCUCCAGACUUUUGUUGCUGCUUUCUGGGGAGUGCAGUUCAUUCACAUACUGGCAAAUUCAGGCUGCACAGCUACAGUUGAUCAGGAGCACUUGUGUAACCAACCCACUUCCCCAAGAGACUGUGAUUUUUUCCAGUAAGCGACAGGAAAAUGGGAAGGGUGGGACAAGAACUACCUUUGACACAAGAUCAUGGAACCUCCCUGCAAACAUAUCAGGAUAAAUGCACAAUUAGCAAGUCAUCUGGAAGCACGCUUAAUGUUGUUGGGUUGAUUUUGUUUUAAGGCAAAGUAAAAAAAGGGGGAGAGAAAAAGCAUUUCGGGGAAAACAAACUGAGAUAAUGGAACUGAUAAAUGAAUAUUAUGAUUUUUUUUAAAAAACAAACAAAUCAAAAACAACAACAUCCAAAGAUGAAAGCUUAAGAGUUGCCUGCUGAACCCUGAUGGGUUUGACACACACAUCUGCAAAGGAAGCAUUGCUACAUUUAUAUAACGUGCAUAAUGAGCCAGUGGAACUCCUUGCCACAGGAUAUGCUUUUUUAAAAGAAAGAAAGAAAGCGGUCAUGUUGUGGAUGACAAAGACUUAAUAUUCCUUAAUAUCGGAAUAGCAAGUUUUGGUCCAUUUAGCUCAGUGUUGUCGACACUGACUGGUAGCAGCUGUCCAAGAAUACAGACUGGGGACAUAUCCAGACCUUCUGGAGCUGGGGAAUGAACCCGGGGCCUUCUGCAUGCAAAACAAGAUACACCACCGCUGAGCCACAGCGCUUCCCCUCUGAUACCUCCUUCUCUGGUCUUUCCUCCUCCAGGGAGAGUCGAGCGCAUUGCAUCGAUAUUGAGACUGCGUAUAUGCAGGGCUGUGAGAAGCUAGACCAGGCCGUGAUGGUGGGUAUAAAAACUGAAGAGGUUUCACUGAGGGGGUGGGGGUGGGCUGUGGCUGGGAGGCGCUUUAUCUUAAUGCAACCCCAGCAGAAUCAUCUGGUCACGGUUAUUCCCAGAUCAUCUUGGAGCAGGCCCAACUUCCCUGUUUUUUGACGAUGGCAGCCUUCACCUGAUGAUUUAGAUUACAACUCCCAUCAACCCCACUGUGCUUGCUGGGACUGAUGGGAAUCGUGGCCCAUCGUUUCUGGAAGGCUGUGGAUUUUGGAACUGAUACAGUUGUGUGAAUGGUUUUCCUGGCUAGGACACUUAAGGCAUCUGUUUUGUGAAUGGGCUCCGGGUUGAGAUUUGGGUGAAGGAACUCUGAAUAACAGAAUGUACAUCUAGGAACCUUUGAUGUAAGUUGAUUUUAAAAUGGGAAGGGGGGUAGAAUCAGCCUUUGCCAACCUGGUGCCCCCAGAUGCUUUGGACUACAACUCCCACCCUCUGUGCUAGCUGGGGCCGACGGGGGCUGGUAGGACCCAAACCAAUGGAUUCAAAUGACAGGACAGACUGUCAGAAGGCGGCGGACUCUCCUUCAUUGGAGAUAUUUAAGCAGAUAUUUAAGCAGAGGUUGAGCAGCUAUUGCCGGGGAUUCUUGAGCUGUGAUUCCUGCAUUGCAGGGAGUUGGACUAGAUGAUCCUUUAAAUCUUUUCCGAUGCUGCAAUUCUAUGAUUCUUAAUCUUGCCCUUUCCAUGGGGUCUGCUCUGCUCCCCUACUGAUAACGCCUGCGGUUUUCAACACUCGCCUUUUCUGCCCUGCGACUCAGGCUGUGAAAGAGCUCCAGACAUCCACCAGGGAGGCGAUAGUGCUCCUCAAAGCCAUGAUCGAGGAGGUCCGCAACAGCGCGGACGAGGAGGAGACAUCUAUAAACUCGCUCUUCAGCAGCAUGCAGGUGAAUUACGGCCGGGAAGGGUCACUUGCAGCCUUGGUGCUUGAGUCUACCUGCAGGGGGCGCUCUCUGAGGCAGCAACCUACCCCCUAGAAGCCCAGUUGUGGUGGAAGGAGGGAGGCUGCCUAGCGCUUGAGGUGAGGAACAGUCCAUCUCUCUCUGUCUCUCUCUCUUUUCCGCAGGAGAAAUUGGCAGAGCGGAAGAAGAUGCUUUUGAAAGUCGUUCAGAGGUAAAAGUGGUCCCAUGCUCAAACUCCUUGCUACAUGUCUUGUCUGGUUUUUUCCCCGUUGGCAGAAAAGAUGCAGGAGUGCCUUGGGGCUUAUCCAAACAAAACUUUAGUAUAGUGACAAAAACCCACACAGACCUUGCUCAUGUGUUGUGAAGGAUUUAUUCAGGACAGAUAAAAAGAAAGGACUUCUUCAUGCAGCACGUAGUUAAACUUUGGAACUCCCUCCCACAGGAGGUUGACCUCUGUGAGAACAGGACUUGACAGGCCUUUGGCUUGAUCCAGCAGGGCUCUUUUUAUGGAGGUCUAUUGUCACAGCGGGAUGCGGGUGGCGCUGUGGUCUAAACCACUGAGCCUAGGACUUGCCGAUCAGAAGGUCGGCAGUUUGAAUCCCUGCGACGGGGUGAGCUCCCGUUGCUCGGUCCCUGCUUCUGCUAACCUAGCAGUUUAAAAGUGUGAAGUGCAAGUAGAUAAAUAGGUACUGCUCUGGCGGGAAGGUAAACGGUGUUUCCUCGCCAGAAAGUGGCUAAGUUAUGCUGGCCACAUGACCCGGAAGCUGUACGCCGGCUCCCUCGGCCAAUAAAGCAAGAUAAGCACUGCAACCCCAGAGUUGGUCACAACUGGACCCAAUGGUCAGGGGUUCCUUUACCUUUUAUUAAGAGGAAUGGAAGUUUCUCUGGCUGCCUCAGAUGCAUUUUAAAUAUCAUCAGCUAGCACAUUUCAGGUUCAUUCCCACCUCUCUAGCUGUGGCGCUCUCUCAUUUUGUGCAUAAGCAGCCUUAUAAUAGGAUCAAUAUUUUAUUUUAUUGUCAUUUCCAGCCAGUAUGAAGAAAAGGAAAAAGCCUUCAAGGAACAGCUGGCACACCUGGCAUCUUUGCUGCCCACCCUACAGGUAAAGCACCUGAGUCGGGAGGGUGGCCAUUUCUCCCCCCCCCCAAAAAAGGAAGGUUCUCUGCACCUUAACAGUAAUGUGGCAGGCAAGAAUUCAACAGGCACAGUCACCAUAUCUCAGCCCUGCUUACCUCACAGGGUGCUUGUGAGGACAAAACAAUGGGUGCUUCCUUGAGCUUGAGGUGGGGAGGGUGCAAAUUUGAGUAAACAAACAAAAAUACACCCAAUCUGAACGGCAGAAGUGAAGACGAGAAUCCCACUUUCUAUAUUUGCAUUGUAUUAUUUUUAUUUACAGUGCACCCUAGCCUUCAAGGUCAGGUAAGGUACCAUCGUCCUCGUUUCCUAAAAUUAUAUGUCAAGUUUUGCCAGAGUUUGGAGGCACUUGGAAGUCUCAUGAGAUAAAACAUAGAAUGGCAAGUUGUGGUUGGACUGACACCGAAAUUGAGUGAGGUUUAGGUCUUCAUGGAAGCCAAGCAGUCUAAGGUGAGGGAGCCCUGUCUCCCCACCCCAGAGGGGAGGAGGCAUAUAUAGCCUACUCAGUGGUGAGAGAAACGCCCUUGGCACAUGCUCAGAGGCCCUCUCGGUGCCUCUGCUCCAAGUACUCAUAGUUUUGGUAUUUGCACAGGUGUCAUGUUUCCUUUCCUCUCCUCUUCAGGUCCACCUGGUGACGUGCUCUGCUUUCCUCAGCUCUGCAAACAAGGCUGAAUUCCUUGAUUUAGGCUAUGUAAGUCAUCACCCACAAAUUCAAAUAACACCCCCUUAUCACAGCUGCCUCUGUGGGUACUCAGAUGAGGUGCAAAGCCCUUCUUGUGAGUUUCCAGGGCAAGAAAAGCACUCUGCAGAUGCUCAGAAGCACCUGGUGGUUAUGAAUCUUUGUACUUCCAUCAAGAAAAAGAGGAUAGGGCCCUGCCCCAAGGAGUUUACAAACCAAACUUUGACACAGGGAAGACAAGGAAGGAAAUGGCAGCUUGGGGAUCAGGGGAGAAGAAGGCGCAUUUAAUGCAGAUGCGUAGACACAGCAACAGCAGAGUUUGGGGGCUCAGGGAUUAUGCCAAGGACUCUGGUGUUUCGAGAGCAGUUACAAAGAAAGAAGUAGCUAAGGAGAUCAUAGAACUGUAGAGUUAGAAGGGGCCCCAUCUAGUCCAGCCUCCUGCAAUGCAAGAACCACAGCUAAAGAAUCCCUGACAGAUCGCCAGUUGGUUUUUGUUCUUGACCAAAAACAGCCAUGGGGCAGCAGCUGCUUUCACAACAGAGGGCGGCAUUUCACAGAACUGACCAAAUCAUCCACAUUUCUGUUUUCAGCAACUGAUGGAGAGGCUGCAAAAAAUCGUCAAGCUGCCCCAUCGACUGAGGCCCUCCCAGACGAGCAAGGUACAAGUUUCUGCUCUUCCCUGCUGAGCCAACCCAGCAACUCCAGGCACCCAGAGAGCAAAUGUUCACCCACCUUUCCCUCUGGGGUCAUGCCUGUUUCAUCUAUCAGUUCUUCAUGGGAAGGUCACCUGGCAAGCCUGGAAUAUAGUCUGUGCCAUGAGGUCUAGCUGCGCACCUGUAAAGCCAAAUUUGGGUGUUUGCUUUAACUCCAGGUUCUGUACCUGAGGCUUUCCAGAGUUUUGCGGAAGACAAAGAUGAGGCUGCCUACACACCAAAGGUGUGUCUUCACAGACAAGACCCUCUCCUGGAUUGCACCCCCUUUCCACAAGCCUCUGAGGGCAAAAUAACUCUCAAAAGGGCCCCUCUGCCAAACGCAGACUAUAGAAGGAUUGCAAGGAAGGAGACAUGUCUUUGAGAUAUUUCCGAGUCAUUUAGCUUUAAAUACCAACGUGAGCACCUUGAAUUGGGCCUGGCAACCAACUGGCAAGCAGUGCAGUUGUUUUUAAACAGGGGUUAUAUUGAGAUCCAAACAGAACCUCAGCCAGUAACCCGACCACUGCAUUUUGGAACACUUGAAGUUUCCAAGUCAAAUUCAAGGGCAGCCCCAAGUAGAGUGCAUUGCAGUAAUCCAAUCUGGAAGCUGCCAGAGCAUGGACUACGGUGGCCUCAUGUUUACCUUGACACAUUGUCCUGUCCAGAGAGUCCUCUUAUAGCCACAUGCAGGAGAAGGCUUGCAACUCUGGGUGCUUUCAAAAUGACGACCCGUCUUAAUUGGUUUCCCUUCCAGAUCAACACGGAAUACAGAGCUGAGUUUGCCCAUUGCCUGGAGCCCUUGCUGCUUCUAGCGCCCCGUCGCUCCGUGGUGGUGAAUGGAGCGGGCAUCGGACCUGGGAUGAGCAACAGUAACAUGUAAGCUGCUCCCGAGUCCUGCUUCAUCUGUGGCAACCUUCCCCAGAUGUUUCGGACUACGAGUCCCAUCACCCAGUGCCAGCAAACACAGGCAAUGGCUGAUGGGAGUUGUAGUCCAAAACUCCUGGAAGACACAACGUUGGGGAAGGGGGAUCUGUGAGGAGGGAAAUGCAGUGAAGUAUUUUAAAACAAAGGUGGAUUAUGCAAAGCUGAAUACGGGUUGGAGAGAUUUUGAAGCCCAAAUUUCUCUUGCCUGCCUUUGAGCUGGGCACCAGGCACCCUUGGAGACAAAAAGAGCUGUCCUGAUUAGCGAGCAGAUCAGAUGGGCUGGCGGUGCCAGUUCCAGGAAGCCAAGCUGGCUGGUUGGGAGGCUGUUGUGUCAGAGAGUCCCAGUGCAGCUGGCACCCGGUCGAACAUAGGAAAGCGAAGAACACUGUUUCUGUUUCUUUGGGAUGUGGAGCAAGGAAACUAGCUCCAGCAAUUGUAGCAAAGAUGCUCCAGGGAUGGGGCAGAAAAUUGAUUGUUUGCAUUUAGAUGCAAAUUUACCUACUGACUUCUCACUUUGUGAAACAAUACUACCUUCAAAAUUUGCCCUCCUUUGAAUUUUGCCAUUCUCUAGCAGACAUUAAAAGUAUGCAUUAAAAUGCACAUAUCUGUAAAAAUAACAUGCAAAAAUGCAUUAUAUUAGGGGAAACUGCUCUGCAAACAUUGCAGAGAAGCAUGCGCAUAUAAGGAGAAAUUUGCACCAAAGUGCUGAUGAAUUUUUUUGACGACUUUUUUUUUUUAAGUAAACUGAUGUGGAAAUGUAGAAAACCAAAAGAUUGGAAAGACGAGAAACGAAGAGAAACUGAAAUGGACGUAUUUGCCCAUCUAGUGCAGACUUGCUUGAAAAUAAUCCUUUCUGUUCUGGCAAACGAUUUCAUUUGCUUGCCUUACACACACACUGCAUCUCCAAACGUUGCUGAAUGCAUUUGGAGUUGGUGUAGCUCUUCUGCAACCAGCUGCACUGCAAAAUCAAACUUUUUAGUAAGAAUAUUCUUAGGCGGGGUGGGUGGGGAUAAGCUAAUACAUUUAUUGUGGCUUUCAUUGAAGGGAGUCCAUAAGCAUGUUCGCUUCACUGCAGCCUUGUUUCUGCUGCAAGAGACUUAAAGAGUUACACCUGUGUCAGCUUAAAAAAAGAAGAAAAGAAAGAAAACGUUUUGGUCAGUUAACAUAACUGAAGGCAAAUAAGUGACCUCCAUCUUUGCGCGUUCGUGCAUUUGGAGUCCUGAUCCUUGCUGUGCAAACAAGCAUUUGAGGACUGCUAGUUUGGGAGGGAGGAAACGGGAGACUAGUGUGACAGCCACGGCCAACAGUCUGUUUGCACCAUACCGCAGCCUCCAGGCAGGAACAGUCUACCUGAGUGAUAAGAAUUUUGGAAUUCCAGCAGUUAAACUAUGGAACUCUCUCCCACUGGAGGCAGUGGUGGCCACCAACUUGGGUAGCAUUACAAGAGGAUUUGGCAAACAAAUACAUGGAGGAGAUGGGCUAGUGAUGGCUACUGGCCAGGUGGGCUCUGCCCUGAACAAAAGUUGCUGGAAGCCCCAGGAGGGGAGAGUGCUGCUCUUGUGUUCGGAUCCUGCUUGCUGGUUUCCUACAGGCAUCUGAUUGGCCACUGUGAGAACAGGAUGCUGGACUAGAUGGGCCAUGGUCCUCAUCCAGCAGGGCUCUUCCUUAAGUUCUUAUCUGCAACAUAGUAAAGGUAAAGGGACCCCUGACCAUUAGGUCCAGUCGUGGCCAACUCUGGGGUUGCGGCGCUCAUCUCCCUUUACUGGCCGAGGGAGCUGGCGUACAGCUUCCGGUUCAUGUGGCCAGCAGGACUAAGCCGCUUCUGCUGAACCAGAGCAUCGCCCGGAAACGAUUUUUACCUUCCAGCUGGAGCGGUACCUAUUUAUCUACUUGCACUUUGACGUGCUUUCGAACAGCUAGGUUGGCAGGAGCAGGGACCGAGCAACAGGAGCUCACCCCAUCGCGGGGUUCUGAACCGCCGAACUUCUGAUCGGCAAGUCCUAGGCUCAGUGGUUUAACCCACAGCACCACCCACCACUGAUUCCUGGAAUGGGGUAAGUGGUAUCAGCUGAGGAGCCUCCCCCAGGUAUCAAAACAUCAGCUAGCGUGCCUGUUGCCUUUGUCUGCCUGACCACCUUCAUGCCCCGACCUACUUGAGAAGCAGAUGGCAAACCCAGUGGAUCCUUGCACACAUCCCAGCCUGCCUGGCUAGCAGUUUGCCCAUCCCUAUUUUUAUCAGAAUUUCAGAGAACUCUGCAAAGCACAUUUCCCUGGCACUGGAUAUAUUUAGGACCAUUGACAUCACAGGCCCCUCUGCUCUGGUGCAGCUGAUUGCUGUGCAGGCAGGGACGGCCCUCUCCCAAAGCACUGGGGGCAAAGUGAUGGGUUGGGCCGGGGGUCUUCAGGAUCCCCUUUCCCUCCAAAGGGAAACUGAGGCUGAGAGCAUUGGACUGGGAGUGCCAAGUGCCCGGCUGAGGGGAAAGGCCAAGCGGAAUCUGCAGGGAGUCUCCAUCUGCCGGUCUGGAUGAACCUUCUGAUCCGUAAGUGGCGAUCUGAGCAUCUGUCUUGGCUGCGGGAUGAGUCAGUGGGAAGGACUGUCAGGCUGCAGCCGGGCUCUUUUUAAUUUGGUUGUGGGUGGAGGGUUUGUUACAUCACAAUUAAUUGGCAGAUAGUCCUUUACUGGUGUAGAUGGACCAGUCUUUGACUCAUGACGCUUCCAGGUAGGGUGUGUUUGUGUGUGUGUGUGUGUGUGUGUUGAGUAUGUAUGUCAUAAUAAUUAAUUUCACUUAUAGAUUGCUCUCUGUGCAGCGUAUCAAAGCCAAUUCGCAAUCCAAUAAAAACAUACACUAAAUACAUUGCGUAUUUAAAAAACAGCUUUAAAAAUCACUGCAUGUCUUUCUUUCUUUUAAAAAAAAGGUCAACACAGUAACAUAUAUAAAAACAAUUUCAAAUCCAAUACUGCGAUAUUGCAAAGGGGCUGCUGAGAUACCGCAAAGGGUGUUGCUUCACAGUGGUGUUUAUUAUGGGAUGCAUGCACAUUUUCCCAAGUUUCAAAACACCGUUGGCAUCAAAAAGCCAGUUUGUAUUGCUCACUGACUCUACCCACUUAACCCAGAUUUACAUUUUCUUGGAAAAAUUACUGUUUGCUAGUGACCCGCUUGUGAUAUCUGGCUGGCUUGUUUGCUAUAUGAAACCCCUUUCUGGAACCAGCUUUGGUCAUCGGCAAUAGCUUCCUUUUGUUUUUAACUCCCAUCAGAUUUUCCUUGGAAAAAAUAACUCUGGAUUAACUGGUGGUGGUGGUGGGAUUUGGGCUGGGAUUUUGACAAUGACGUCGUGUGGCUACUGCCCAAAACUGACAUGUGUGCAGACCAUCCAUCCCACAACAGGCUACAUAAUCAAAGCUAAUAAAAUAACACGUGGCCUGGAGGAACUGAAUGGAGGAAAGUUUUCCUCUCUCUCUUAUAACCUUAGGAACUUGUGGACACCCCAAUGAAGCUGAACAUUAGAAGAUGCAGGACAGAUAAAAGGAAGUCCUAAUUCACGGCACAGAGCUAAACUGUGGAACUCCCUCCCACAGGAGGCUGUGAUGGCCACCAACUUGGAUGGCUGUAAGAGAGGAUUGGAUAAAUUCAUGGAGGAAGGGGCUAUCAAUAGCUACUAGCCAUGAUGGCUAUGCUCUGACUUCAUGGUCAGAGGCAGUGAUGCUUCUGAAUACCAGUUGCUAGAAGCCACAAGAUGGGAAAGUUCUCUUGUGCUUGGGCCCUGCUUGCUGUUUUCUUACAAGCAUCUGGUUAGCCACUAUGAGAACAGGAUGCUGGACCAGAUGGGCCAUCGGCUUGAAAAAAAGGGCUCUUCUUACGGCCUUACGAUACAAUACAAUACGAUACAAUACAAUAUGAUAAUCUUGUAUCAUAUCAUACAGAACAACGAAAUUGAAAAAAUCUACAUAAGACAUUCAAAAACCAACAAGCCUGCUAUCCCAGCUAUCCCAGCCUGGUUAGCCCCCUAAAAACUCUGAUACCCCAUAAUUAAAUACAAUAUACUCCCAUAAAGACUCCUUACACUGCGUUUAAAACCAAAAUUGCAUUUGGAUAGAAACUGAUUCUCAGGCGGCUAGUCCUAGUCUUUAUAACCCUGUACCUUCUUCCAGAAGGCAGAAUCUGAAAGAGAUCAUUUCCAGGGUGCGCACUAUCCUGCGCUAUCUCUGCAGCUUUCUUAUGGCACCUGGAAGCAUAGUAUUGAUCCAAGGUGGGAAGAGUGCACCCAAUCUCCGCAGUCUUUACAACCCUGGACAGGGUUGUUUUUUCCCUUAUAACACACACCUGCUGCAGAAGCAGCCUUGCCACAUCUUCCAGCACACUUCGUUCCCACACACCUGAUGAUGAGUGCUGAGAUCCAAAGCCAUUCCCUUCUAGAGCCUCUCGCUUAGGGACUCCUCCUCUCUUCAGCUGGCUCCCUCUUCUUCCUCCAGGAUGUCGGGAGGUCCCUGCUCCAAGACCCUCCUCGUGUCCGGCUGCCCCUCUACCUGCGAAAAGAUGUCCCUGGCAGGCUCCCUGGUCCGGAAGCCCACCAUGCACCGGUACAUAAGCACCAAGGUGCUCCUGGCUGAAGGUGGAGAGACACCCUUCACCGAGCAUUGCCGCAACUACGAGAACAUGUAUCGGGUAAGGAUGGCUGGGCAAGGGGAAGGCUGCUCUCGCUCUGUCCCUGGUGAUGGUGCGUGGUCCUGGGCACCUGCGGGAGCAAGCCAGCACUGCUACUGGAGAUGCUGUUUAGCCUUGCAACAGAGCAGGUCAAGAUGAAUCAGCAGGCCCAGCCAAUGAAUGUGUGGUUUUGCACGCACGCACACACACAUGAAUGCAAAAUAAGAAGACAGGAGCAUUAUAGCCUGACCACUAUAGUCCAUGCUUUGGUGACCUCGAGUCUGGAUUACUGCAAUGUGCUUUAUAUGGGGCUGCCUUUGUGUCUGGUUUGGAAGCUUCGGCUGCUGCAGAAUGCAGUGGCCAGAUUGCUGAUGGGAGCUUCUGGCUGAGAACAUGGGGCACCAGCUGUGCCUGCCCAUCUACUACUGAGCCAGGUUCAAGGUCCUUGUGUUAAUUAACAAAGCCCUGAACAACUUAGGUCUAGGGUGCUUCAGGUAAUGCCUGAACCCGUAUAUCCCCAGCUUGAUCACUGACAUCAUUUGCAAGAGUAUUGUUGGUUGUUCCUCGAGUUGGUGAGGCUCCUUUGACCACAAGAAGGAACUGAGCCUUUAGAGCCAUCAACCCUGACCUGUGGAACAUUCUGUCACGAGAUUCAGAUUCUGUGCCAACUUUUAAAUGCCUGUUGAAAACUUUUCUGUUCCGCCAAGCCUAUGCAGGCACUUAAGAAUGCAUUCUUCUGCAAUUAUUAUUAAUUAAAUUUGUAUAUCUCUCUUCACUGGUAUUAAUGAAAGCAAACAUCAGUUGCUGAUGUUUGUUUUUAGCUUUCUAUGCAUUUAAUGUUUGCUUUCAGGUUUACUAUUGUUGCAAACAUCUCAUAUAUGUUUUUCUGAUAUAGUGGUAGAGAAAUAUUUUUUACAAAUAAAAAAAAUAGUAAGUCAUAAAUCUCCCCCCACCCCCGGUUUGGCAAAAAGGAAAUUUUCUGCAUUCUCUUGCUGAUCCUUCUGCCUCGUCAACUGGAGCCUUUUGAACUUGCUUCCUUUCCCCCCCGUGUUGCUGCAGGCCCUUCAAAUAGAGAUCCAGAACUUGAAGGAUCAGGUGCAGGAGCUUCACCGCGACCUCACCAGGCACCAUUCCCUCAUCAAGACGGAGAUCAUGAGCGAGAUCCUGCAGAAGUCGCUGCAGAUGGACGUGCAGAUUGCUUCAGAGUAUUCCUCUGUGGAGAUGAUGCGGAGCGUGUUUGAAGAGGUACGCUGACUUUCUCAGGCUGCAGAGUCCUGCAGCAACUAUGCAGUCACAAUACACACACAUGCACAAAAUCCCCCCGCUUGAGGAGCAUGUGCUGAUAACUCGGACUUUGGUGUUUUGCAGACCUGGGAAGAAACCUAUCAGCGAGUGGCAAAUGAGCAAGAGAUUUAUGAAGGUGAGCACAGUAUGAACUUCUCUGAAGCCAUCAAACCCCACCAAUCAGUGGUAGCCGGUAACCUUUUUGACUUGGUAGGGCUGCAGUAUUAUACCUUGCUGUAGGUAUAAGGACUUGUAUAGCCCUUAUGUAGGAAGGUGUGCCAUUGCACAUGUGAAGAGUGCCAUUGUUUCCUCCUCUCUGAAACCAUACCAUUGAUUUACUCUGUACAUCUAUGGACGGGAAAAGAACUUCCAUGUAAGAAGGCCAAGUACACUUUUCAGAAAAGAUUUGACUCCAUGCCUCUUAUUUAGAAACAUAGCCAUGUCACAUAAGGUUUUGAAUUCAUGUAUUGAGAACCACAAGCUUAACUUGAGUCAACAGUGUGAUGGAGCUGCAGGGGGGGAAAAGCUAAUGCAAUUCUAGGCCGCAUUGACAGAAGUAUAGCGUCUAGAUAAAGGGAAGUAAUAGUAGUGCUCUAUUCUGCCUUGGUCAGACCACACCAGGAGUCCUGCAUCCAGUUCUGGGCCUCCCAGUUUAAGAAGCAUAUUUACAAACUGCAAGGUGGGCAAAGGAGGGCAACCAAGACGAUCAAGGCUCUGGAAACCAAAACUUGUGAGGAACAGCUGACAAAGUUGGGCAUGUUUAGCCAGGAGAGUGAGAGGAGAUAUGAUAGCCAUCUUCAAAUAGCUGAAGGAUUGUCACAUGGAAGAUGGAGCCAGCUUGUUUUCUGCUGCCCCAGAGGACAGGACCCAAACCAUAGAUUCUAGUGACAACAAAGGAGGUGCCAAAUAAACAUCAGGAAGGACUUUCUGACAGCAAGAGCCAUUUGACAGUGGAACGGACUCCCCCCGGAGGUGGUGGACUCUAGGCUUUUAAGCAGAGGUUGGGUGGCCAUCUGCCAGAUUCUUUAGCUGUGAUUCCUGCACUGCAAGGGGUUGGUCUACAUGACCCUUUGGGAGUCCCUUCCAACUCUACAGUUCUAUGAUUCUGUGUACCUAUGCUUAUUGUGUGAAAGGGCCAAUCCUUUGGGCUUGACUGACUUAACGCCAGACUUCCUUCUCGUGCAGCACAGCUCCAUGAUCUGUUGCAGCUCAAGCAGGAGAACAGCUACCUGACAACCAUCACCAAGCAGAUCGCCCCUUAUGUUCACUCCAUCGCCAAAGUAAAGGAGCGGCUGGAGCCCAGGUGAGGAAGCCGAGAGCCCGGUCCACUGCUGCUUUCCUGCUCCGCUCCCAGAUCCUGCACAAGUUUGCCUUCAAAAACCUCCGCUGCCUUAUCUCCAGAGGGGAGGAUUGGAACCGAUAGAGUCAAGUGACAAGGAAUUAAACAUUAAUUUGACUAAACAUUGGGAAGCCAUUCAGCAGGGACAGGGACAACCUUGGAAGGUGGUGGAAUCUCCUUCAUUGGAAGUUUUAAAAGCAGAGGUUGGAUGGCCAUCUGCCAGGGGUGCUUGAGCUGCGAUACCUGCAUUGCGGGUGGUUGGAAUAGAUGACUUGGCCCCUGAACUGUAAAUCCUCAUUGUGCUUCAUAAAACACCCAUAGCUGAAGGAAUAUGUAGUCUGGCAGAGGGAUGAUCAAGCCUUGUGACUCUGAGGGAGGAGGGACCCUCUGUCCUCCAGAAAUCUCUUCUGCUCCAACCCUGUCAAGGUGGAUGGCUUUAAUCAGUAGGUAUUUGUGGUACAGCUCUUGAGUCAGCUUCCCCCAUGCCAAAGCCCCCAACUCAACCCAAAUAUCCCUUCAGGUUACAGGACACAAAGGAGGAGAGGAAUGGCCAGCCAGAGAGCUUGCUGAAAAUAUAUGAUGAGAGCCCAGAGGCUGCUGACGUCCAGCACAGGUAUCUGAUCCAUUUCAGGUAGCAAAGCAUUUUGGUUCUACGUUGAUGCCACAAUACCGUAGGAGCAAAAAGGUGAAUAUUCAGUCGGUUGUUUUCCAAGUGGCCACUCCUCAGGGGAUGCAGAUUAACUAAGUGACCUGGUCAGUCAGCCAUCAGUGUUUGCUUGGGAGGGAAAAUACUUGAUCUAAGAGGCUGGUUUCAAAGGGAAGCACUAGUAGUUUCAUGCUUCAGUGUUAAAGAGACAAAUUCAUGGAGGAGAGGGCUAUCAAGGGCUACUAGUCAUGAUGGUCAUGCUCUGCCUCCACAGGUGGAGGCAGUGAUGCUUCUGAAUACGUUGCUAGAGAUUCAGAUUCCGCUUGCAGGAUUCCCACUGGGGCACCUGGUUGGCGACUGUGAGAACAGGAUGCUGGACUAGAUGGGCCAUUGGUCUAGACCAGGCUUCCUCAAACUCGGCCCUCCAUAUGUUUUUUUGGCCUACAACUCCCAUGAUCCCUAGCUAGCAGGACCAGUGGUCAGGGAUGAUGGGAAUUGUAGUUUCCAAACAUCUGGAGGGCCAAGUUUGAGGAAGCCUGGUCUAGACUCUAGCAAACUCUUCUAAAGUUCUUAUGAGCCUUGCUGGGCAGACUAAAGGCUGCCUUGUCCAGAAUCCUAUGCCCAGUAACAUCCAUCCAGAUGCUUCUGCAAAUUCUACAAGCUGGUUCCCCAGAAACUGGUAGACUGCGCAAGAACAGAGAGGUUCCACUAAGCUGUCAGAGCUACUAGCCUAAGAUAGGGCUAUCCUCCAGCAGUUUACUUAGUUAAAAAAAGCUUGGCAUUUAUUUAGUGAUAGAAAAGCUAGGGCUUGUUAUGAUUUCCUAGACCAUUCCUUCCACCCACUGUUAUUUUUCUCUUCUAUCUGAGGUCUGAUUUGUGCAGCGGCCUUGAGGAACGAGAAGGAACCUCGGAGCCCAAAGCAGAAAGCCAGAUUCUCAGCCCAGCCGCAGAGGACCCCCUGCUGAAAUCGAAAGAAUAUUACAGGAGCAAGCAGAAAGGCCGACCUGAGAGUCCCCCGCAGCCGCCGGGACCUCGCAAGUCAGCCAAGGAGGCGGAUCAGGAAACAGAGCUUCUCCUGUGCUGAACCUGCACUCGCAGUCUUUCUGAACAAAAAUGUUCAUGUAUGGCAUAGCAGACUCUUUUCAGUGUGGUGUGUGCUCAGAAAACCAUAUAUAUUCUGCACUAAGAUAAUCCUGAUUCUGCAAUCCCUAAACUAUGCAAAACAGAAGGAUUUAUUUUGCGUUACUCUGCAGGGCUUCUUUGUUGUUGGCACUUCCGGAGCCCAGGAAGGUGCAGGCUUGUUAAGAAACAAUGGAGGGUGCAGCAGUGGAAAUCUUAAUUCCUCCAGCUUCUGCCAAGUAUUGCCUGUGUUCUUUCAGCCGUGCCUCCCACUGGCUUCUCAAACAGCUCCAAACCGAGAGAGUGAGUCUGGGCUUCUCUGAGAAAAGCAAAAUCCUCCUAUGACUACCAAGUGUGUGGAUUUUCUGCACCUGCCUGGAACUGCAGGUUUGUUCUUAUUUUACCAUGCAAUUGAGAAGCAUAAAAUGUUGUUAUGCAAAACCAGCAUCUCCUAUUAUUCAGCUACACCCUUAAAAGCCAGUUCUCCAGAUACAGCCAUAUCCACUAGCGCGCUAGAGGUUGGGGCAUCCUCAGAUUCUGAGAAAAACAUUCAUUCAGCAAUUCUUCUGUAUGGCUUAAAGUACCUGUGUGCAGAAUAGGCUUGCCCACUGUGUCUCUCUGCAGGAUUCCCCGUUUUGGCCUUGCUUAUUUCCUGUGAGCCUCUCCUGGGGCCUAGCAAUCUUGCCAUGUCUCCUGAGCAGAUGUGGGGGCCCACCUGCUGUUGCUGAACUACAGCUCCCAUCAGCCCAAGGAAACACAGCCCUUGGCCAGGGUGCAUGGAGUUGUAGUUCAGAAACCUCUAGAGAGCCCCCAGCUGUUCUGGGACAAUGUAUUUAAAUGAUCCAAACCCUCUAGACAGAGCAGAAUUACCUUCAGAGGAGCUCACCUGUUGCACCUCUGUAGCAGUCACUGAUGUGGGCUGGCCUCCUUCCAAGAAGGUAAUUCACUCUCUGAAACAGGGACCUCCAAAUGCUGCUGGACUCCCCACUCACAUAGUCAUCCCUGAUGUGUGUCCAAGUUUAAUUCGGGGGUGGAGGACAUUACUCUUAUAUUGCAAGGCCAGGAAACACUCACUUAGAUGCAAACAUUUUCCUUGCCUUUAACGCUUAUGGAUUUUAUUAAGCAACCUUCACAAAAUGCAUCCCAUAUGCUCAGUAUGAUAAUUAAGGAUGUGUAUUUGUGCUAUUAGAAUUGGGGUGUGUGUAGAAAAAAAUAUACCUGUUUUCUGUUUAUAAAGACAGAUGGCCCUGAUGCCGUGCCUAUUGGCACGAUGACUAGGGCUGGUAGGAAUUGGGAGUCCAACAUCUGGAGGGCUGCAGGUUCCCAACACCUGCCGAAAUGGUUUUGAAAUAAGAGGGCCCCUUCCUUGCCCACCAAUAAUUAUGGGGUUAUUCCCAGUCACACAUUAUGAAGGGGAGACUAGAGUGCAAAUCCCCGCUUGGCGACUUUGGGCCAGUCAUCAGGUCUCAACUACCCUACCACACAGGGUUGUUGUGAGGCUCAUAUUAUGGACUACAUACACCACCUUGAGCUUAUUGGAGGAAAGGUAGGGUUGUCAAUGCAAUAAAUAAAUAUGAUCUAAGAAAGGGGUGCUGUCAAUAUCUGCCAAAGAAUAGAGACUUAAAAAUAUUUUAUUAUUAUUCUUUUAAAAAUACAAGAGAACAGAACUGAUCCUCUGUUUGGCUGGUUGCCAGCCGACUGCUCCAAAGGGACUGGAAAGUAAACAACUGCCUCUCAGCUUCCGAGGUAACAAAGCAAAAAACAGCAUGAUUAAUUUUCAGAGGGAAUCUCAGGAUAUUCUCCUGGCAACACAAACUGGCUAGUUACCAGGGCAGCCGGGGGGAGGGGGAGGAGAGAGGGGGAGGCAGACCUGUGUGUAUACCAUGAUUUCUAUAAAAAUGAUGCUAGGAUUAUACAUCCAAAAUUCGUUCUAAUAAAAGCUGUAUUCCACAAUCCAUACAAAUUACACUGAUUUGAUUAAAUGUGCAUACU